AUGGCCAUGCCAGCAUCAGGCAUCAGCGGUGGUUGCCCAGCUCUGCCCGACUCGGGCCGGCGACUCUGGUACCGAGACGAGCACACCGCCUUCGGGAGCCCAGCGGCUCGAGCACCCUCGCGGCGGCCGUCCGCCCGCUCGCCCAGCGACCCCGGCCGACGCGCGCGGCCCAGCCCGGCCCUGGCGGGCGCGCGCGGGGCGGAGGCGGCGCUCGGGGGGCGCGGCGCCGCUCGCGUGGGAGGACGAUGGGUCAGCGCGGAAAAAGUGAAUGAGGCCGGCGGCCGCGGCCAGUGCCUAGCCCGGCCGGCCCGCGCCAUGGACGCGCAGCGCGCCUCGGCGGCCAAGCCCCCGAGCGGGAAGAAGAUGAAGGCCCGGGCUCCCCCACCCCCGGGGAAUCCGGCCCUCCUGAACACCCUGGACAAGCAGAGGCCUCUGGGAAGCUCUGACCUCAGCCUGCAGUCAAACCUGGCCCCGGUUAGGGAUGGGCCAUUGACCCUCACUGUGGUUCUGCCCAGUGGGCUGGAGAAGCAGAGUGUGGUCAGCAGCAGCCAGGCCAUGAUGGACCUUCUGGUUGAGUUGUGCCUUCAGAACCACUUGAACCCGUCUCACCACGCCCUGGAGGCCCGGUCUGCAGAGACGCAGCAGGCGCUGAGCUUCAAGCCCAACACCUUGCUCGGGACUCUGAACAUACACACAGUGCAUCUGAAAGAGAAGGUCGCGGAGGAGAAGGUGACAGCUGUCCCUCCCAAGGUGCCCGAGAAAUCUAUGCGCCUGGUGGUGAACUACCUGCGGACACAGAAAGCUGUUGUGCGUGUGAGCCCUGAGGUCCCACUCCAGAACAUUCUGCCCAUCAUUUGUGCAAAGUGUAACGUUAGUCCAGACCACGUGGUUCUGCUCAGGGACAACAUCAACGGGGAGGAGCUGGAGCUGUCCAAGUCACUGAACGAGCUGGGACUGAAGGAGCUGUACGCCUGGGACAACAGAGGAGGGACUUUCAGAAAAUCCUCACUUGGCAAUGAAGAGACCGAUAAAGAGAAGAAAAUCCUGGGAUUUUUCAAAGCUAACCGAAGAAGCAGUCAUAAGGCUGAGCAGCUCGGACCUUCAGGUGCACAGAGUGAUGAGGACGCCUCGCAGCCGGCCACGGGACAAGGCCUGAACGGCUGCUUGACAACACCCAACUCCCCAUCCAUGUCCUCCCGUUCCAUGACGCUAGGUCCGUCCCUCUCUCUGGGCAAUGUCUCAGGAGUGUCCCUGAGAUCGGAGAAGAAGCGCCGGGCCCCACCCCCUCCGAGCGCCAGACCACCUGCACAGGACAAAGUGUCAGAAAAGGUGUCGCUGGGGUCGCAGAUAGACUUGCAGAAGAAGAAGCGGCGGGCCCCCGCGCCCCCUCCACCGCAGCCGCCCAGCCCCGUGGUGCCCACGCGCACUCAGGACAUGGAAGAGAAGCGGAAGAGCGCCGUGGGCAUUGGACGGCAGGUGCCACAGAAGCCUCCCAGGGGCUCUGCCCGAGGCCUACCCCAGUUAGUGCUGCCCCCACCCCCGCCCUACCCUCCUCCAGACACAGACGCAGUGGAGCCUCUUGGCGUUCCCGGGGAAGGCACCGGUUCCGAGGCCUCGGACCUGAGGUCCACACUGAGCCUGUCCCUGGGCCCUGGCAGGCAGGGCGGCGUGGAUGGAGCUGAGGAGACAGUGUCUGUGGGCAGCUGCUUCGCCUCGGAGGACACAACAGAGGACUCGGGGGUGCUGAGCUCCCCCUCCGAUGUCAUCUCCCUCGACUCACAGCACGACAGCCUCAAGUCCAAAGACAAGUGGGCCACUGACCAGGAAGAUAGCAGUGACCAGGACGUGGCAGGAACUCCAGAGCUGGGACCCCCAAGCAGCCCACUGUGGGGCAGGAACAGCCCUGGGGGCAUGGACCGCAGAACUGGAAGAGCGGACACAGCCACAGGCAACGGCAACUUCUUCCUUACCACACAGUUCCAGAGAACGCUGCCAGAGUUCAAGGGAGACCUGGAAGAGAUGGAGGAGAGCUACGGGACAGACAGCAGCUCGCUGACCAGCUCCAGCAACAGUGUGUCCCCUCACUAUGUGCGGGAGAUGCUGGUCUCCAAUGGUGAUGUGGACACAAUCCCUGUGACCUUCAUAGGGGAGGUGCCAGACGAUCCUGUGGACCUGGGCGUGUUGUGCAACACAAACAACAAUGCCGGCUCCUUUGGUACAGAGCCGCUGGGCAGGAUGGACAGUGGGGCUGGCAGUGCUGUCUCAGCCACACUGGCCUGGCACCAGCGAGGCCGCACCCUGGGAGGAAGCUCUGGCCCUCGGUCUGGCCUCACCACCUACAAGAUUGUGCCCUCCAAGUCAGAGACAAGGCAGUAUGACAGAGCCGGCUCCUUGUCCACGGGCGCCAUCUUGAUCAAUGAGCUCGGGGACCUGGUGAAUCCCCACACCAACAUGAGCAGGACCUUCCCAUCAGUCCCCACCACCCUGGACACAGAUCCCCAGCCCAUGGAGAGAAUCAGGGAAUUCUGGAGAACCAGCUCUGCUGAGAAGCCCUUGGACCCAGCCACGAGACCACUGACAACCCUUGCUUCUGCCUGGCCAGCUCAACAGCAACCAGACCAUCAGCCGAGAGCAAUGCCCAUGCCCACAGCAGUGCCAGCACCACGGCCACACUCUACCACCCAGGAAGCAGGGGUGACCCUGGAGGAAGGGCAGGGCCGGCUGCUGUCCACUGUCACUUGUCACACAAAGGAGCCAGCCGCUGGUGGUACGGAGGUCACUUUCCUCCGGCCCCAGAGGAGAACAUCCAGCCAGUAUGUGGCCAAUGCCAUUACCAGACGAAUAGGGCCUCCCAAGGCCCCCAUCCCUUCUGGGAAGCUGCACAGCCUUUCCCAGAAGGGCCGAGAAGGCCAAACCUCCUCUGGCUCCCGCUCGGUGCUGCUGAACGGCUCUGCCUGUGCCCUAGGCAGCACCCCAGAAAGGGAGGGAGCACCGGGUCCCUUACCCUCAGGGGCGAGCGAGACAGAUGGGGUCACACCCCUCAGCAUCUUUGGGCCGAAGAAGAAGUUCCGACCUGUGGUGCAGCGGCCAGCCCCCGAGGACACGUCCCUGCACAGCGCGCUGAUGGAGGCCAUCCACUCUGCAGGGGGUACACAGAAGCUGCGCAAGACUGCAGAGCUUGGCUUGGAGCGAGGCCCCAAGAAGCCAUCCUACACAGAGGCGGAGAGCGAGCGGUCAGCGCUGCUGGCAGCCAUCCGUGGGCACAGUGGUACCCACAGCCUGAGGAAGGUGUCAUCCUCGGCCGCUGAGGAGCUCCAGGGCUUCCGGGAUGCAGCACGCUCCACACCAGGCCCAGAAGCUCCUCCACCCCCGCCAGUCCUGCUCGCCCCUGCCCCGCCGGGGUCAGGAGCACCCUCCAGACCCCACACAGGCACCUCCGACAGCCCAGUGGAUGCCAGGCAGGCCCUGAUGGCUGCCAUUCGUUCUGGCACCGGAGCUGCUAGGUUGAAGAAGGUGCCCCUGCUGGUGUGA